UUGAAUAUUUUAAUAAUAAAUAGUACAAUAAAAUAAGGUAAAAAAGGGGUAAAACUCGGAAUGAAUGCUAUCAGCAAUUUUUUUUGCUCAAUAUCUUCGUUUUGGCAUUCUCUAACUUACAUCAAUAGUCUAGAAGAAUCUCAUGUCCGCAAGACGCGAUUUUCAAGAUCAAACCGCGAAAUUUAGAUUUUCGAAAUAAGAAAUAAUAGACAAUUAUAUUUUAUACACUAGGGUGGUCCUUAUUUUACUUUUUUGCGAACGUUGAGUGCGACGCCCUCUAGAUUGGUUCCAAAUCAGGAAAAAAAAAAAUUCCCUAAUAGUACAGGAAAGUUAGUAAAAAAACAGGCAUUUUGUGGAACGAAAUACAGGACGGCUGAAUUUUUCAAAUCUGAAAGAGGGGUAUUGGAAAAGCUUAAGUCCUAGUUUUCGGGACGCCACCCCCUGGCGAAAUCCGCCAUUUUGGAAAACGCGAAUCGCUCUAUAUCUCCAAAACUAUGGGUCCUAUAGAAAUGGUUGUCAGACCAAAGUUAUUGAAAAUUUAAUUAUCUUUUUCUUUGUAGCACAUUAUUUUUCUCAGCGGGCAAUAGUUUUGAGGUUAUGUUGUUUUAAUUUAUUUUUUUUUUAGUUUUUUAAGAUUAUAUCGUUCCCAGUAUUAGUUAAAUAAUUUUUUAAACAGUAAAAGUUAUAGACCGUCAAAUUUCCAAUAAUUUGGUAUAUUUUUGAAAGUCCUGCGAUGUGUAAGUGUAAAGUUAUUAAGUUAGAAAAGAUAUUUAUAUUACCUACAACUUUAUUUAAGUAAUUUAUUCGGUCAAGCCAAUAGUGUAGUAGAUAUAGACCAAUUCACGUUUUUCAAAAUGGUGGAUUUCGCCAGGUGGUUGGUGUCCCGAAAAUUAGGACUUAAGCUUUUCUGAUACCCUUCUUUCAGAUUUGAAAAAAAUCAGCCAUCCUAUAUUUCGUUCCACAAAAUGCCUGUUUUUUUUACUAACUUUCCUCUUCUUAGACUAUAGUUUUCAGAUCAAUAACUUUACACUCACACAUCGCAGGACUUUCAAAAAUAUACCAAAUUAUUGGAAAUUUGACGGUCUAUAACUUUUACUGUUUAAAAAAUUAUGUAACUAAUACUGGGAACGAUAUAAUCUUAAAAAACUGAAAAAAAAAAAUAAAUUAAAACAACAUAACCUCAAAACUAUUGCCCGCUGAGAAAAAUAAUGUGCUACAAAGAAAAAGAUAAUUAAAUUUUCAAUAACUUUGGUCUGACAACCAUUUCUAUAGGACCCAUAGUUUUGGAGAUAUAGAGCGAUUCGCGUUUUCCAAAAUGGCGGAUUUCGCCAGGGGGGUGGCGUCCCGAAAACCAGGACUUAAGCUUUUCCAAUACCCCUCUUUCAGAUUUGAAAAAUUCAGCCGUCCUGUAUUUCGUUCCACGAAAAAGUCUAUCUUUCCUGUACUAUAAUUUUUUUCAAAUUUUUAUCUCUAACCCGGCACUAUUUUGAUAAGAAGUUGUUACUAGAGCAGGGGCGAUAUUCUGUGUGCAGUGUUGGUUAAAUGGCGGAUGUUUGAUCAUUCGUAUGUAUGUAUAAUAGGUGUGAUAGUAUUAUACGUACGAUACCGUAUAAAAGUAAAAAGGGCGCCACUAUUUUUUUGAAGAGGCUAUAAACUACUGUCAAAAAAUUGAAAAAAAAAAAACAAAAACUUCUUAAUGAAAUAGGUAAUAGGGUCAGCAAGGGUUAGGAAUAAAAAUUUGAAAAAAUUAGGGCAGUUUUUUUUGUUGAUUUGGAACCAAUCUAGGGGGCGCACAGUGUGGGAAUUCGCUCAUGUAGCGGAAUUAAAUUAAUAGCGCAUACAAGCUUAACUUUUUGAGAAUUCGUUUUAAUUCAAAAUAUAUCAAUAUAUAUAUUUAAAUAUCUCGUCAAUUUUGUAUGUACACCCAGAAAAAAACGCAUAGUAGUUUUAAAUACGUUCUACAUUGCAUUAAUGGUGAAAAAUAAAUUCAUUUAUUUUCUAAAAAUCGUCCUAUGCUUAAAAGAGUGGGUGUCCCCGAAUGACGAACUCAGACUUCAUGUAAAUGAGUUUGUGUGUAUUAGUGACCUUUCUUCGCCAUACAUCUCUCACGUUCAACGUCAUCUCAACUCAGUUCUCUCUCGGUAUCUUUAUUUGCAUUCUCUUUACCUUUCUAGAGAACCAAAGUCAUAAAAUUAAAGUCUAUUUAGGUAGAAAAAACAAAUCAGCAUCAAGGAAAUAGCAAAAAAAAAAGGGUUGCAAGCCUUGCAAGUGUAUAUUGCGGUUUUGCUUUGCGCAACCGAAUUCACUUGUGUUUUCGUUUUCCGUUGGUUUUACUCUAUGUGCAAGAGUCAUGGUAGGUAUAUUUAUGAAGAAAAAAAUGGUAUGAUAUUCAGUGUUGAAUUUUUCUAUCUUUCUGCGCAUCUAUGUACCUACAUCACUUGGUAUUCUAUAUAACUUUUGCAAAUAUUCGUAGGCGCAGGAAUCUGAUCGACUUUUUUUUCUUUGUUAUAGUAUUCAGUGAUGAUAUUUAUUUUACUAGUUUAAAAACAAAUUUUUUCAACAUUUUUUUUUUGGCAAAUAAAACGUUUAUUUUUUAAAACUAUUAGGUACAUAUUUGUUUAUUUAUUUGAAUGUUUUUAACUUUUUCUUUCGAAUUUGUACAUAGAUUUAUAUAUUAUAUUAUUAAUUGAUAUUAUUGUUAUUCAUAUACAGGGUGUCCCAAAAGUAAUGGAUCAAACGAAAUAUGCAGAUAGGCCAGCUUUAGGGCUCUCAGAAUUUGGUAACUUGUUCAUCCCAAAUCAUUACGGUUUUCAAUUUAAUGCAGUUUUUGUGAAUUAUCGAAAAAUCUCGACUUUGCAACAGUAUUUUGCUUCCUCCGGUCAUAAUUGAUUUUUGUUUUUUACAAUUCUUUCACUAAAACAUUGCCUAAUAAUAAGAAAUAAUUAUUUAAUCAAAAUAUUUUUUAUUUCAUACGCCAUUUUGCUGCAAAUUAUGUAACAGUUCCAUGUUUUAUAAAAACUCAAUUUCUUACUUUUAUUUGAGAGGAACAUCCCGAAAAAAAAUUGUAUGGUGUGAUACUAUUUUAUUAUUUUAAAAACUUGCCGUGUUAUUGCACUUUUCAAAAAUGUUAACAUAAUUAACCUGUGUCACACCAUACAAAUUUUUUGCAGUGUGUUGCUCUGAAAAAAAAUUAAGUAAUUGAGUUUUUAUAAAACAUGGAACUGUUAAUUAAUUUGCAGCAAAAUGGCGUAUGAAAUAAAAAAUAUUUUGAUUAAAUAAUUUUUUAUUCUUAUUAGCCAAUGUUUUAGUGAAAGAAUUGUAAAAAACAAAAAUCAAUUAUGACCGGAGGAAGCAAAAUACUGUUGCAAAGUCGAGAUUUUUCGAUAAUUCACAAAAACUGCAUUAAAUUGAAAACCGUAAGGAUUUGGGAUGAACAAGUUACUAAAUUCUGAGAGCCCUAAAGUUAGCCUAUCAGCAUAUUUCGUUUGAUCCAUUACUUUUGGGACACCCUGUAUAUAUGUAUAUUUUUCUCUUCAAUUAAGUUAGAUAAAAUAAAUAAAUAAAUAUUUUUUGUUUUUACAUACGAAAUUAUAAUAAUAAUUUUUUGGAUUUUAAUUAGUUUUGGUAUAAAAACAAUACAUUUUAUUUCAUUAUUAACCCCUUGUAGCCCCAUGUGACAUAUCUGUUACAAACCAACAAAGGUCCCACAAAAGUUGCAAAAACUAUAUUUUUCUUCUUUUGAAGCUUAUAACAUGUUUUUUAGAUAUUGCUUUAUGGAAAUAGUACAUCAUAUUUUCAAUAAAUGACACCAAUAGUUUUUAACUGACAGUUAAAGUUGAAAGUUCGGCUUUUUUUGAAAACAAGCGAAUUUGUGUAAAAACAACGAAAUUCAGAAAAAAUAUUUUUUCUGCAUAAAGUAACGGGGUUUUAUUUUUGGAUUUUAGGAAUCCGCCUAAAAAUAAAUAUUAGAAAUUUUUUGCUUCAAUUUUUGCAUUUAUCUACAAAAAUAAAUUAUUUAAACUUAUUUUUUUACUCCUUAAAUUUCGAAAUAACUAAGUAAAUAAUAAAGAUAUUGAAUUUUAAAAAAAUACGUGUUUUAUUAUAGCUAAAGGCUAGUCGAUUGACAAUAUUAAUUUUAAAAUUUCCGAUGUUGGGUUACAAGGGGUUAAAAGUAGGUACAAGAUACUCAAUAGUUUAUUUAGAAAGGUGAUAAACAUAACAAAUUCCUUAUAACUAAAAAAAACAAAAAACAAUUUAAAUGUUAGACUGCUUUAGAUAUAAUAUUACUGAAUAUUGAAAAUUAAUUUGAAGGUAUGGAACGAAAAAAGAAAAUAGUGUUACAGAUUUAGAAAAAUACACAUAGUUUUGAAAAGUAAUAAUAUUCUAAUAGAAAGUAGAUCGUUUGCUGUUAUAUUACGUAUUCCAUACCCUCAUACUUCUUGGAAUCCGUGGAUCACAUAAUUCCAAUAAAAAAUGAUUAUUAUAAAAAUUUAGUAGUUUGUUUUUUAUUUUGUCCUCCCAAAAUGAGUCGUCUUUUUGUAUUUUUAUAUAAACAAAAUCGCAUGAUGUCCAUACACCAAAAAAACAAUGGGAUCGUUUUGUAAUGUGCAGUUGUCCUUGCACUUGAUAAAAAUAAUCGUCGUUUUUUUUAGUACAAAAGUAUCUCCGCUUUUCUGAAGAUAUUUUAGUUUUUUCUUUUCAACUGCAUCGCUUAUAGUCAAGUUUUUGACUGAUGAUGGGCAUUUGACUUCACAGAUGCUAUCUUCGCCUACUAAGCGAAGUUUUUGACUGGUCAUAUUUCUCAUAAGUUUGUUUUGAAAAAUUGUACAAAUGAGGUAAUUGAGAAGCAGAAUAGUUGUGCGCGAUUUCACAGAAAAAGACAAUUUCAUCUAUAAAGUCAAAUUCGAAAAUUUAGAUUUUUGUAUUAUAAUGCGAAUAACAUUACAGACUGCCUGUCUUCCCAAAUUUUGUUUUCAUAGAAAAAAAUAUAUCCAUACAGUUGCUCAGAAGAAUACCUAACAUGCAACAAUUUAUGAAAGAGAUAAAUAAACCAGUUAAAAAAAAAAAAAAACAAGAAUACAAAAAAAAACUCGUUUAUCCUAUUCCAUAUACCUACCACGAAACACCAGAUACCAUACAUUGCAAACGUGCGAGAGAUCCAUUUCCUGUAUCCUCUCAUUUUCGCGAAAAAAAUACAACAACACUUUGCAUGCACUUAGCCUGGCGCCAAUCCUUUUUUAUGGAAAAACCUAUGUACAAACAAUAUGUAGAAUGCAGAUACCUAAGUUCAUGGAUUUCUGAGGAAAAAAAUGGAAAGUAGACUCUUUUUCAAAAAUUAAUUGUAAGAAAACUAUUAUAGCAAUUCUUAUUUUCUAACUUGAUAUUGAUAGAAAAAAUAAUGAAAAAAAAAAAAAUAAAAAAAAUAUAACAUAAAAUCUAAAAAUUCUGGUUUCAUAGUACAGUUUAUUGUUUUUGGGACUACUUAAAAAGCGAUUGGAGGGUUACAAAAUAAUAUUUUCCAACAAAAUAUAGUUUUACUCCAUAGUCCAUAAACUAAGCUUUUAAAUAAAAUAAAAAUCAAAAUCAUACUUUGAAAAACAAAGAAAUUAAACCACUUUUUUUUUUUUAAAGUUAAGAAAAAAUGAUAUUUUAUUAUUUUUUUGUUGUUUAAGACCUCAAAACUUAAUAUACAUUUCUUAAACUAAUCAAUGUGUUAGUAUUUGAGUUGAGGUACUUAUUUCUUUUUAUUUCGAUGAAUUUUAUCAAUAAUUGCAGAAGUUAUACAUGUUCAAACAUUGUUACAUAAGGAAAAAUAGCUUCAGUUUCGAUUAAUUUUUUUAUAUGAAAAAUACAUUUUUAGUUUUUCAAAAUAGUUUUACUCCGUAGUUUGAUUCAACCUCAAUCCAAAAUAGAAAUAAAAAAAAUAAAAAUUUUAGUCUAACUAAGAAACAAACCAAUGUCUUUCAGGUCGUUCUAAAACAACGAAAAUUUCAUCAUGUUUUGUUCUCUCUUAAUUACAAGUGCACAAAUUUGGAAAUUGUGGGGAUGAAGAUAUUUAGCCUUGUUUAUUAUCUAAAUAAUAAAUUUAUUUCAUUCAAUUAUCUUUAAAAAUGUAAAAGUUAUUCACCGAUUUGUAAACGAUAACCCGAUUUUUACGUGGUCCACGCAGCCUUAGGCCGUGUGCGAAUUGCGUUAAAAUGUUGGUUAAAAUUUGACGUUUGGUUCAAAAAGGGAUCAAAUUUAUUUUUUUGCUGUGCGAAUUGGGUUAAAAUGUAUUAAAUGGGACUUUUUUCUUGGUACUACUUUGAAUAAAAUUCCCUCAAGAUAAAACAAAACUACCCUCAAAAAUGGUUUUUCUUAUAUUCAAUUAACUAUUUUUUUUAACAAAACCCAGUUGAAAAUAUAUCAAGUUAAAUAUUCUAGUAUGAAAAUGUAUGAAAUUCUCAAUUUCACAUACUUUUUUUUUUAUUUUAUCGAUAAAUUCCCAUUUCAUUAUGAUCAAAAAGAAAUUUAUUAAUUCACUCUUCUAACAUUAAUUCGUAGUUCACCAGCUGCCAACAAAAUAGAAAUAUAAAAAAUAAAAAACAAACAAACAAUUAGUAGAUUUUCAAUUUUGCAAGAUGAAUAUUAAUUUGAGGAAGUACUUUGUAUUAAUACUUUUAACAUUUCUUAAAAUAUCAACGCAUUAUAACAAAAAUAAUUUCAAAUCUAUCUUGAUCUUUCUAUCUUGAGAAACGUCAAAUUUUAACCACUAGUGUCAAAUUUUACCCUGCUCCGCAGCUGGGUAAAUUUUAACCCAUUUUAUUCACCAUGCUAGUGUCAAAUUUUAACCAAACGUCAUAUUUUAACCAACAUUUUAACGCAAUUCGCACACGGCCUUAAGUUACAGUUUGUCACAUCAAUUUUUAUAAGUGAUAUGGCACAGUGGUAAAGCACAAGCUUGUCAACCCAGGUAUAGCAGGUUCGAUCACCAGCGGAUGCCAAUGCCAGUUUUACUUAUUUUUAUUUUCUUUAAUGUGUGAAUAACUUAGAUUUAAAGUGUGCUACUUUGAUUCAAUCAUUUUCCACUUAAGGCUAAAAAUGUAGUGAUUUUCGAUUGAUUCAAAGUGGUUUCCAUUGAUUUUACGUUGUUUUUUGGCUCAGUGUACAGAUCUCUGAAAGUAGGUACAAGUUUUUUGCCUUUUAUGGACUCAUUUUAAAAUGUACUGUACGGUCACAAAAAGAAAGAUUUAACCAUUCCUUUUUUAUAAUAUUAUAAAAAAAUAAGUACAAUAAUGAGUAGAAGUCCGGUUAAUAACAUAUUUACACAAUUUUUAAGUUUAAUUAAAUUUUACGAAACUAACCGCGUAUUUAUAAGAAAUAUUUAAUUUUAUUUCUUCGCCCCGACGUUUCGAAGAGCUUUCAAACUUCGUGGUCACGGGAUUACGGGUUACACAGUUUUUUGAUUUACAGAGUUCUAAAACUGCACGUUUUUGGCACUUUGAUAGACCCUUUUAAAAAAAACUUUUUAUUAAUUUUUGUUUGUAAUAUUUAUGACUAUUACAUGCGAAAAUAAAAUUAAAACUAAUUUCUUAUGUAUAAUUAGCCAAUUUUUAGAUAAACGGAAACUACAUAAAUGUUAAGUGAAAACAUUGUUUAUUUUUGCCUUUUUUGUAGGACUCAUCAAACUCUUUUUUGUUUAAUCUUUAUGAUGGUCUGUUAUCUUAAUAUGAGAGUUAUUUCAUCUUAGACUAUUAACAGUAGUCUUAACUUGUCAAUGAGUCAGGAAAAGUAUGUUAAUUUCAAGCUUCCACAGUUUCGACCGAUUUUAGUCCAUAUUUCACUAAAUCUUUAACAAAGCGAUCUUAUAGUUGUUAUAAAUAAAUUUAUUCUAUCUUCAGAAAGCAACACAUUCACAAAAUUCCAUCAAAAAACUUGACUAUUAACUUAAGUAUGCUAAAAUUAAAGUCCUGUUUUUUUUUAUUAAUUUUUUUUAAAUUUUAUUUAUUAUAACUGAAACACCAUUUAUCCGAUAUAAUUUUUUUUGUAUUACUUAGUGGUUUCCUUUUUUAAUUUUUCAAAUAGCUGGGUUCUUUUUUUCUCUUACUCUAAAUUUUGAAUUUGAACACCCUGUAUUUCUGUUUUAACUAUUUCUAAAUCAAAUUCACUAGUCUAUUUUUUUUUUUUGGAACACCGUGAAAUAAAAAAAAAUUAAAUUUAUAACAUAGCUAACCAAAUCCUAAGAAAUUAUUCUUUUGACGAUAGGUAAUUUUUUUUUGUUGAAUAGUCACUUAGAAUAAUCGGAAAAAAUAUAUGGCAACAUAAUUAGGGUGAGUAGGUACUAGGACACUUGAGACUGGGAACUUUUUUUACGACCUUUUUAAUUGUUUUUUAUUUAAUCGGUUUUUAAUUGUUUAUUAAUUGGUUUGUUUUUCUUUGUCGGGCCGAGUGGCGCCCAAGUCGCUGCAGUUUUAUCUUUUAACGACUUUUUAAUUGUUUUUUUUUUUUUAUGUCGGGCACGAGGCGCGCACAAGUAGAUUGAGAUUUUUUUUAGGAUCUUUUUCAUUCAAAAAAGAAUGUUUAGAUGUUGGUCUGUUUGGUGGUGGUUUUAGAUGACAUUAUAAGAUGUAGGUCAUAAAUGUGCAAGAGAUCUUUUUAAGGAGGUACAGUGUGUGUGUUUGCUUGCUAUGCAAUGUCACUGGAGGAUCGGUAUUAUAUUAUAUAUAUAUAUAUUAUAUUAGAAAAUAUAAUACCAGAGCAUUUCUUAAAAAAAAAAAUAGACUGUAGGUCGUUGCUGUGUAUAAAAUUCGGGGGUAUUAAAUGUAGCUGUGUGUCUCUUGACUUCGUAAAGAGGGCAUCGACCUAGUGCGACAGAAUUUGAUGCUAUUUGAGGGUUGAAAUUACAAAACUGUAUGUUGACUGUUGAGUAUUAGAAUACAAAUGAUGACAAGAGUGUGAGUAUAGUUUUUUUUUUUUUUGUAAGAGGUGUUUAUACUUCUUAUGACGUGUGUCCGUCCAUAUGUAUGUGGUCCUAAGUAUAUUGCUUGUGCACAGGCGUGCGUAGUGUGAUUGGUAUUUUGAGGGGAACAGUUUUUUGAACAAACAUAUCAAAUGAAUAUUUUCUUAAAUAAAACUAAAUCAUUUUGAUAAAAUAAUGCCUUUUAAUUUUCAAAAUAAUGUAUGUUUAAGUAUAUAAAAAAUAAAUUGUUUUAUUCAUUUUCUUUUGGAAUAGGUAUCCAUAAAUUAUGUUCGGGGGUAAAACCAAGCCAUUUUACAAGUAGUUGAUCUUUUUUCCUUUGGAGCACUUUUUCAAUUAGAUAAGUAUCGGGGAACUUAGUUUUUUGUAGUUCAAGCUCAUAGAACCCACCCUUGAUAGGGUUUUUCUGGUAGUCUUCUAGCAGAUAUGUCACUGGAUUUGUAUGUUGAAUUUUUGUUAUUUUGAAGAUUUCUGUUGUCCAAUUUGGUGUGUAUCCUUUAUCAAAUACAUGCUUGUAUUUACUUAUUCUCACAAACUCUCCCACCUUAAACUUUGGAGCAAAAUGAAUUUUGAUGUUAUCAUAUAUUUUUGUUAGAAUUUGCUUUUCAUUUGUAGUAUUGACUUUUGAAGGCUUCAUUUUAAUAGUUCGAUGUUUUGAAUUGUUGUACGUUUUAGUUAGUGUAUCUAUUAUAUUUAUCCAACAAUAUGAACCGUUAGCACUGAAUUCUUUCCACAUAAGGGUUUUCAAAGACAAUCGAAGCCUUAAGUGACGUAAAUGUUGAAUAAUGAUUGAUGUUAUGUUUUUUCAUAAGACUUUGAAAAGUAGUGUUGAAAAAUUCUUUACCGUCAUCUGUUUGCAAAUUGGCUGGAAUACGACCCUUUCUAAAUAUAUUUUCCAUAGCUUAAGUGACACUCACCCCGGUUUUAUUUUUAAUAGGGGCAGUCCAAGCUAAUUUAGAAAAUGUAUCAAUUACCGUAAGAAGAUAUCUAUUAUUUUCAUUAUCUGCUGAAUAUGCCCCCAUUUCAACAAGAUCAGCUUGCCAUAAAUCAUCAAGUCCUUUGAUAAUGACUCUCCUUUUUCUGAAAUUUUUUCUUGCUGGCUUAUGUAGUUCUUCGACAAUGUCUCUUUUGCUCAUCUUUUCACAGAAUGAUUAAAACAACAAAACAUUUUACCUUUUUAUUACUUUAUUCGUUUAAAAUUUGUGUAUAAAAAUUCACAAUUCUCUUAAUUUUAUUAAUUUUAAUCUUAAUUCGGUAACAUGAACAAGUAUCUGGUCCUUCAUUGCACAAGUUUGAUGACCAACUUGAAGGACAGUUCAAGAAAUGAAAUUCAUUCCAUGUCAUAGAAUAAUCAUCCUUUUCGAAUCUCUUUAUAAACAAAAUACAAUUCAUAGCUUCUGAAUAGUGUACUUCAUGUUGUAUAAUGUGCUGGUUGGAUUUUAAAAAGGAUAGAAGUUCGUCAACGACCAAAUUAAUUUUAAAAGGAGACAUGUUUUUCGUUUUAAAUGUGAAUGCAAACUGACUUGAAUAUUAUUUUUAAAAUAUUUAAUUUAAUCUUUCAUACAACAACAUUAAUUUUUUAAUUUUUAUCAACCUAUUUUCAACCAUGUAACACGCACAUGUAUCUGGUCCUUCUUUGCAUAGAUUUGAGGACCAUGGGCAGUUAGCAAAAUGGCAUCGAUAAUCAGAUGUUGUAGAAGAUACAUUAGUAAACCGUUUUAAGAAGACUAUACAGUUCAAAAGUUCCGUAUGAUGUUCGUCCAACAAGAUGUUCUUAUUUCUGAUAAGGAAUUUUAAGAUUUUAUCGAAAAUUAAUGUGGGGUUUAUGCUAGACAUCGCGAAUUAAUGACUGAUUAUAUAGGUACUUAAGUGAAGACUAAAUUGAUUUUAAGUAGGUAUAACAUAUUUAAACUUAUUAAAGUAUUUUUCAAUUUCAAUUUGAAGGCUUUCGCGUAAUUGAUCAAUUUUUUGAUCAACAUAGCUUUUAGUUGCAGCAUCUUUUUGUUCUUGAGGCUCCUGAAUGUUUUUUAAUCUUUUUCCAUCUAUGGUGUAAUCGCCGUUUUCUGUUUUGACAAAUCCCUCUCCAGGUGGUCCUUGUGCACCAGAUGGCCCCCGCUCUCCUUGUUUCCCUCUUGGGCCUCUCGGUGGGGUCCUAUGUGAAUAACGACCAAAUUUAUCAAUACUCAUUAUUUUAUUUUUUUAUUCGAUAAUAACGGCUUCUUUAAGUUCUUCAAUAAUUGAAAUAAUUUCGUUGGAAUAAUUGUUGUGCCCAGCUUGUUGCGAAGCAAUAAGAAGUCGUAUUCGAUCUACAAGUUCAUUGGGGUCAUCCCAAAAUAUAUAGUCUUUUUCCAAUUUUGAUAAUUGCAUUAACCCAUUGCCUGAAGUUGGUUGUGGUGUUGAUGGUGAAGAUGGUGGCUUAUUAGAUGUAUUUGUAUCGAAUCCUAAUAAUUUCUUGAUUAUUUUCGUAUACUUAUACCCCCGAUUGCCAUGUAUUUGUCCGUGUGAAUCAUGACCAAUCUUAUGUGUAUUGGUGUCAUACAAUAUGGUCUUGUAAUUUUUUAAAUCUUCGCUAGUGUAAAUGCUUUCAUCUGGUUUUCUCAUGAAUAUAAGUUCAUAUAAGCCAUUUGUACUCUCAAAGGUAUUAUUUUGUAUUCGUAUAUGUUUUCCAAGAAUGGUUAAUUCACUAUUUCCGAUGUACCACUUAUCAUCUUUUGAAUAUACCCCAUACGUUUUAUCAAGCGUGUUGGAAUUGCUUAUAAACAAAUCUCUGUAUUUUUUAGGUGUAUCAUGGUAUUCUUCUUGUAAUAAAAGUUCUGAAAAGUAACGUUGAGUAAGACUUUUUUUCGACCUUUUAGGAGUGAUCCUAUCAAUAAGCUCAGGUGAACCGUUGAUAUUAGUGCUAGGUGUGAUAAAUUUUAAUUCAUGUUCUUGUUGUUGUUUAAAUUUGCGUUUUGCUUUCUCUAUUGGACUUUCAAUAUAGUCAUUUUGUUUUUCUUGUUUAGUGUUUGAUUUUUUCACUAACUCAGUUAAGGGUUUGGUAAUGGGUUUUAGAGUUUCCUCCAUUAUGGUUUCGUAGGCUUCCCUACCGGCCUUAAGAGCUUUGUAUUUCUUUCGUAGAGCCUCGGUUGUUUUAAUAAGGUCUUUUGUUAGUUUAACAUCUAUGUUCAUCAUAUUAUAAGAUUUAUUUUUUCUUACAGUAACAGUCAAAAAAUAAGUUCCGAAGUUGUUGAAAAAAUCGUUCUAUGGUUCUUAAACUGAAUUUUAUACUGCGGUUACUGGUCUUAACUGAAGAAUACUGGUUCUCAAACCGUAUUGAAUCGUUCCUUACCGCUAUAAACUGCUCGUUGAACUGCUCUGUACUGCUCUCAUAGAACAUAACUAUACAUGUGAUGCAAACUUCAGAAAUUAUUUCUAUUUUAUAUCUUAAGGAAGGAGUCAAAGCCUUUUCUAUAACGACCUUCAUUCAGGGGACUGUCCUUAUCAAUUACCACAAAUCCGUAAUUUGUGUUCCAACAUUCUCCACAUACUUUUUGAAACUCUUUAAAUGACAUAUCCGAAUUAACAUGAUCGUUAUAAAUGUGUUUCAAAUUCAUAUCAUCUUGUUUGAAGACGAUGAGAAAAUUGGCAUUGUCUCGAACAAGGAGUUUUGGUAUUCUUGUAUAUGUUUGGCACAAAUAAAAACUAUCGAUGUGAUGAUGUCGUCCCAUACUAAAGAACAAUCUAAUUGUGUCUUGUUUUUCACAGGCAAUAUCGUCAAAGAUGAAUAUUGAAUUUGGUUUAGCUUCCUCUGGUCGAAUAACAUCACUGUUAUUGGAAAAUGUAAAAAAGCCCAUAUUUUUUAUUGGUGUUAUAGCUUUUCGUAAAAACUCAUACUUCGGUUGAUGUAGAGAUUUAGAAUAUAUAUAGAUAUUUUCAAAUUUCAAUCCGUUUGGGUGUUGUAACAAGCUCAUCAUGACAUUUGUUUUUCCACAGUUUGAUGGACCAGUAAUUAACCCUCUUAAACUAUCAGGGAAUAAUUUACCAUGUUUUUUUUUUCUUUCUGUCUUGUUAGACAGUUCCAUAUUUUUUACCGGUAAAUGGUAUAGUUGCUUAACGAAUCGCAUAGUGAUAAAAACUGAAUAGAUUUCUAUAAAUGUGAAGUUAUUAUAUACAAAACCUCAUAUCGCAUCUAACCAUUCUAUAGCAAAGAUAAUCAUAUAAAAUGUUUGAUUAUUCCAAAAACUCUGUCAGUCAACGAAAAAUAGUGGGAGGAAAAGGUUUAUUAAAUACUCUAAUAAACAAACUACCUUUUGAACUACAUCUUCCUGGUUAUCAAUAUUGUGGACCUGGAACAAAACUUCAAAAUCGCUUAGCUCGGGGAGAUCAGGGGAUUAAUUUGCUUGAUCAAGCGUGCAAAGAACACGAUAUAUCGUAUUCUAAAUUUGCAAAUACAACUGAUCGACAAACUGCCGAUAGGAUUUUAACAGAUAAAGCUUGGCAACGAGUAAAAUCUAAGAAUGCAAAUAUAGCAGAGCGGGCAAACGCACUUUUGGUUACCAAUCUUAUGAAAGCAAAAACAAAAUUCGGGAUGGGUUGCUCUAAGAAUAAAGAUAAAAAGCUUAAGAAAAGAGCGGAAAAUAAAAACGAUGUUAAGAAGUCCAAAAUAGAUAAUAAAGCGAAACAACCAUCUCUUAGAAAUGUUAUACGCACAAUUGGAACUCAUCUCAAACGUAAAAAACCUUUAAAUUUAGAAAAGGCAAUUAAAGUAGCAAUGUCAUCUGCCAAGAAAACAGUUCGUAAAAACAUAAAUAGCAUUAAAACGCCUUGAGUUAUUGCAAUACCAAAAAGUGGUGGAUUAAUUCCUUUUCUUGUUCCUCUGUUUGCUGGACUUUCAGCUCUUGGAGCUUUAACGGGGGGAGCUGCAGGAGUAGCCAAGGCUGUAAGCGACAUCAGCAUUGCUAAAAAAGAUCUAGAGGAAAAAAACGUCAUAACGAAAAAAUUGAAUCCAUUGCAGUCGGACAAGGCUUACACCUUAAACCAUAUAGAAAGGGCCUUGGACUUUAUUUAAAUCCACAGACAAAAAACUCCUAAGUUCGCUACCCAAUCGUGCAUUAAAUGAAAUAGAUUUGAGAAAUUUUGCAGAUAAGUUUAUUCCGGAUUUUCGAGGAGUUUUCAUGCGAGAUAAUUUACCUAAAACUAAACCGAUGAGAAAUGAGUCUGGAAUAGUAAAUCUUGAUUCUUCAAUUGGUCCUGGAACACACUGGGUAGCGUAUAAAAAAAAAGGAACUAAAAUUGAAUAUUUUGAUAGCUUUGGGAAUUUGCAGCCUCCUAUCGAAAUUAUUAAUUAUUUGGGUGAAAAAAUGUAUUAUAAUUAUAUAAAAUAUCAAGAUUAUGACUCUUUUAACUGUGGUCAAUUGUGUUUAAGAUUUUUAUAUGAUUGUUAAUUUUUUUUUAAAUAAAUAAACCGAUUUGUUUAAAAAUGGUUUCAUUGUAUUUAUUUUCACCAUGGCGUUGACACUUACGCUAAGCGGGAGAUCUUCCCAACUUUCAGCUGAAUAUUUUCCACCUUUGAACCUGGAACAGGAUUACGUUUGCGGAUUGAUUGAUUUUCAAACGUACAACUCUAUACCAAAUGUAGAUGAGCGAAAUAAUCUGUUCCAUGUAGGGGAAUAUGAAAUUGAAAUACCAACUGGGUCUUAUGAAAUUGAUGAAAUUGCAACAUUUAUUUCCGAAGGAUUAUUGCUGCAAAACUCUACAGCUGUAGUUAGAAUGGAAGCAAAUAAUAAUACAAUGGUAUGCUAAAUCGAAAGCAACGAAGCAAUAUAUUUCAAUAAAGAUAGAAGCAUUGGACAAUUACUAGGUUUCAGUAAAUGUGUUCUUCACUCUGGUGUGGUACAUUUUUCAGAUUUACUUGUUGAUAUAAAUAAGGUGAAUGUAAUACGAAUUGAGUGUAAUAUCAUUACUGGUUCCUAUUUUAAUAAUAGUCCUGUGCAUACUAUACAUGAAUUUUCUCCAGAAACAGGGUCAGGGUAUAAAAUCAUAGAAGUCCCGAAAAAUGUCAUCUAUUUACCUGUGAACGUCAAACGAAUAAGCACUCUCACAUUUAAACUCGUGGACCAAGACGGUGACUUGAUAAAUUUCAGAGGAGAGAGAAUAACAGUGCGAUUGCAUUUAACUCCAAAAUCACAAUAAUGCUAAUCUAUAAUAGUUAUUAUUAAAUAGAUACCAAAGGUAUCCACCCAAUUAGUUCUACUAGAACAGCAACACUGUCAAGACCAAAACUUUCAUCUGAAAACAAAACCUUCCUUCAUACAUUAGGAUUCAAAGUUAAAUAAAGUACAAUAUGAACGAAAUGUUAAACAUUACCCAUGGACCUAGCUAUGAUAAUAGCAUAUCUAAGUUUGAGUACCAUAGUUACUCGCCAUUUCUUCAGUCAUUCAAUCCAAGUGAUGAAAUACGAAUCCCCAUACAACAACAGGACUUGUGCGUUUUACCCUGUGAAAGCUACAUUUAUAUAGAAGGAUGUCUAACAAAAUCAGAUGGAAAACCUUCUUCUACGGGAAAAUUAUCUAAUAAUGCUAUCGCCUUUCUUUUUGAAGAAAUACAUUAUGAACUCAACGGAGUAAACAUUGAGAACAAUAAAAACGUUGGCAUCACAACAUCAAUGAAAAAUUAUAUAUCAUUGAAUGAGAAUGAAAGUAAAAGCUUAGAAAAUGCUGCAUGGAGUGGAAACUCUACCAUCUCACCUAUAUCGGGUACUUUUAAUUUUUGUGUACCAUUAAAAAAUCUUUUGGGUUUUGCUGAAGACUACAAAAAGAUUAUAGUAAAUGCAAGACAUGAAUUGAUUCUAAUUCGAACUAGGAGUAAUGAGAAUGCCUUAUAUUCUGAUGAAGAAUUAAAACUUUCAAUUUUAAAAUUACAAUGGAGAGUUCCACAUAUUACCUUAUCCGAUUCAAAUAAGCUAACAUUAUUAAAGCAAAUACAAUCAAAUCCGAUUCAAAUUCAUUUUAGAAAUUGGGAAAUGUAUGAAUAUCCAACACUGCCAACCAACACGGAUCAUUUAUGGACAGUUAAAACGUCAAGUCAACUUGAGAAGCCAAGAUAUGUUAUAAUUGCUUUACAAACCGAUAGAAAAAAUCAACGAAAUAAGGAUGCCAGUAAAUUCGAUCACUGUGAAGUGAGCAAUUUAAAGGUGCAUUUAAACUCUGAAUGUUACCCUCGCGAAGAUUUGAAUGUUAAAUAUAAACUAGACCAGUAUGCCAUUCUCUAUGAAAUGUAUAGUAAAUUUCAACAGUCAUAUUAUCAGAAACAAUCACAGCCACUUUUAUCAAGACAAAACUUUAAGAAUAUCGCGCCAAUAAUUGUGGUUGAUUGUUCUCGUCAAAAUGAAUCAAUUAAAACAGGGCCAGUGGAUGUAAAAGUUGAAAUUAAAACAGCACUUCCUGUUCCAGCUUCAACAACUAUGUAUUGCCUUAUACUUCAUGAUCGUAUAAUUGAGUAUAAUCCCUUAACCGGUGAAGUUAACAAACUCACUUAAAUGUACUGUCAUUAUAUAUAAACUUGUCAGUAGAACAAUUGAGUUUAUCGAGAACAUAUCUUAAACAUAGAGCUGUAGCAAAUCGUAUGUAUUCGUUACUAAAAUGCGGGUAUUUGCUUCAGUAACGAGUAACGAAACGUUACUUUCUAAACAGUAUCGUUACUCGCAUGUUUCGUUACUGGGUACUGAAGUACACUCAAUUUGUCGCAUUUAGCAUCUCGUACCGAUAUCGUUACCGUAGUCGGAAUGCUAACUCCUGAUAAUUAGCUGGAGUUUACUUUUGUCUCGAUAAAAAAAGUAGUGCCAAGGCAUAGUUGAGUUAUCGAUCAAUAUCAAACAUCAAAAGAGACGUUUUAGUAUUUUCUCUAUGUGGCCGAAAUAUACCCACGCCGCAACCAAUGUGUUUAUGACCCAUUUUGUUAAUGGUCUUGAAUUAUAGCUAAAGAAUGUACAGAAGUGUUUUGGUUUUUGAAAAAAAUUGUUUAUUUUCAGUGCAAAAUUUUGAACUAAAAAAAAGGCCGAGAAAACGAGGUUUGAAAAUCACUGUCAAUAGAAAAAAAAAUGAAAAAUUGUCCGACAUGGUUGCAUUGAAGUGUUAAUAUUCCGAGAUCUGCGUGAUGUACUUUUGAAAUAAAGGUCUCUAAAGAAUCAGAGCCGGUUUUAGGGGGGGGGGCAGCCUGGGCCGUCGCCCAGGGGCGCAAGAAUUGAGGGGCGCCGCAGGCGCCCCGAACUCUUACAAAAGUUGUAUAAAUAACGAAGUCUUUCCAAUCGAUGUUUUUUUUUUUUACAUUCACAAAGGCGCCCAAUUUUUUUCUAUUUUACAUUUUCAACGGCGCUCGUAUUGUUUGUCCUAAACUUUUUGAAGAAUGAAGGCGCCCCCCAAUUUUGGGUUAAUUUAUUUGGCUUCCGGAAGGACAAUGGUGUCCAAAAUCUUCGUUCAUCUUUGAAGAACAAGGCGCCCCAAUUUCUUUUGAAAGACUAAAGCAAUCCUAAUAUUCCUCCUAACAAUUUAAUUUUUGCAAAGGUGCCCCUAUAAUAAUGAAUAAGGAAAGAGAAGGGAGACGGACAGAAUCCCGAAAUUAAAAAUCCAGAAAGCCCAAAAUCCAGAAAACCCUAAAUUCCGAAAACACAAAAACACAAAAUCCCGAAAACCCACAAUCCCAAAAUCCCGAUUUCCCGAAAACCCAAAAUCCAGAAAUGCCAAAAAUUGACAGCUUCUCCAUUUCUCAUAAAAACUACGUUUGUGUGUGAGAAUAAAAAAUAGGUCUGUUCGUUGUUCCCCCCUCCAGAGCACUCUAAGUCAUUUCAAUUAACUGUGAAAAAAAUCAGAGUUUCUCGGGUUUUCAUUUUACAUCGAACACCUCAGAGCUUAAGUUUCAUCAGCGAACAUCGAACACAGAGGAAAUAACUCUGGUUGAAAAAAGAGCUACAAAAAACGCUUGACAACGAAUUCGGAGCGACCCAGAGUGCCCUAGAGCUCACAACGAACAAACCUUAUACUUAUAAAGGUAUGUUGUUUUCGAUUGGCCGUCCGGAAGCGCCUGGAAUCAUUAAGAAGCGUGCUGCAAGUUUUUUAUUCUCCUAGUGAAAAAACAAAAACAAAAUAUUUGAUUUUUCCCCAAUACAGAUAUUAAAUUUUAGAAUUGGGUGGAAGCGAUUCAAAGUUUUUUAUUGGAUUUCAGAAUGAGUGAAUCAUUGAGUGAUUCCAAUCGAAAAUGACAUUAAUGUACCUAGUUGAAAAAGUUUUUGAAAAAAUAUUGUUCAAAUAAAACCAACUGUACCUAAUCUUUAAAUGUGUUUAAACAAAAAAGUCAGAGAUAAAGGUAGUCUUGUCAAUUGAGCCUAAAUGACAUGAAUAAUUAAUUGUUUUUUAAGUUAACCUUUUUAAUUUAAUACACUGCACAUUUUUAAUAAAUGCAUUAACAAGUAUAUGAGAGGUAAGACAUAAUCUGCUAUUGCUUUUUUUCGUGAUUUUAAAAAAUUGUUUUUAGAUGAAUUUUUUUUUUAGAGGCGCCACUUGCAAUCUUGCCCAGGGGCGCCGGUAGUGCUUAAACCGGCACUGUAAAGAAUUGUAAUAAGAUUACUGAACGGAUAUAAACAAAAAAUUACCAAAGUUUUGUCGAAAAAAUAGAAAAAAAUAAAAAAAAGUUUCCAUGUUUGAUAAAAAAAAAUCGAAAAAAAAUCAGUAUAGCUACCUUCAAACUCUUAUAACAUGAGAACGAAGUAACUUAAAUUAAUGUUUAUGGCCUUAAAAUGUAGCUAAGAUUAUACAAAUCGUUUUUGGUUUUAUUCAAAAAAAAAUUUUUUUCACCCAUACCAACGUACGAAACAUACUUAAAAUACCAAACAUACGAUCAAAUACAUGGAAUAUACGAAAAGUACGAAACGUACAAAGCAUGCGAAAGUAACGAAAGUAACGAAACAUACGAAACAUGCGAAACAUACGAAACACACGAAACAUACGAAAUAUACGAAAAAUACGAAGCAUACGAAAGUAACGAGUAACCAUAUUAUUGAUGCGGCUACUAGUAUCAAAAGUAACGUAUACAUGCGGGUACUCAUUUUGUCGUUACUUUUACAGCCCUACUUAAACAUGAAUUCCUUUAUUGUAGACGUUCAAGGAUUUGGAGAAUUUAACAAUGGCUUCAUAGUGAAAGAAGUAGCUGUACUUCAUAAUGACCACCAUCAUCAUUUCAUUGUUAAUCCUCCAUCUUAUUUUAAUCUUCUAUCCACAUCACUUAAAAGGCAAGCAAAUUGGCUAUAUCAAAAUUAUCAUGGAAUAACGUGGAAUGGAGGGCUUACAAAUUUUUCUCAAGUAAAGAUAUUUCCUCGAAAACAAAUCCAAGCUGGAGUUGUUUACGUUAAAGGAACAGAAAAAUCUCAAUGGCUUAGAGAAUUACUUAAUAGUGAAAACCUGGAUGUUAUUAACCUAGAAGAUAUCUCCAACUGUCCAAAUUUAAAGGAACUCCGAAAAAUUUAUCCUAAUGAAAUAAAAUGCCUAAACCAUGGAAAAUGUUGUGCCCUUCAAAAUGUUUAUCUUUUAAGCAAGUUCAUAAGAGAAGCAAAAUUGUUGUAAUAUAAAUACUUUUUUUUUAUAAAUAAAACAAAACUUGUGUUAUAUAUAUAAAUACAUAUUUUCUUUUUUUUUUAUUUCAUAAGCUUUAAUACUAUCUUUUAAAACCGUACGGAACGGAACUAUGAUCAAAGAGGAAGCGACGUUUUUCGGCCUUGGGCUUGUAUGUUUUAACCUCUUCCACAGUAACCACUUGAUGUUCUUUUGUUCGUCUUAUGUUAUUAGACUUAAUAACUAUACUUUCAUCAUCUUCUACAGAAAAUUGUAAUACUGCUUCUUUGAUUGAAUCAAAAUUAAUUUUUUGAGAUGAUUCAUAGUUCAGAAAGAUGCCUUUUACUUUACAUACAACGUGUUCAACAUUAUCUUUUGUGCUAAAGACUUUGUAGGCAUAAUUUUUUGGACCGCCACUAACAAAUUCGGUGAUCCUUCACCAUAGCUUUCUAACUCAUCAGUCAUAUCACCAAUAAAUUCCCCAGUAGGUGGGUCGAUAUCUCCUUGACAACUUACAUAGAUAACAGAGUCAGUAUCAUAGUAGAGAACUCUUUCUUUCAAAUUUUCUAAGUAAGUGUACAGUUUUAGACGUGCUUGUGUUGUUGUAUAAGAGGCAAUACAAACAUUAACAGUAGGAAGAGAGUCAGCGGCUUCUUCUUUCAACUCAAAAUUAACCACAAUAUUGUUUUCAUUAAUUGGUAAUAUAUACAAAACUUCAAUAGAAGGAUGAGUAAGUACCCGAAUAGCACAAAAUACGAUUUGCAACAAGAUUUUUGUUGCAUUUGUAUCAUACUGAGGUUAUCUGAAACGAAUGCCGUUGUAACUCAGUUUUAUUUUUGUACCCAAAAAAUUGUUUGAAACUUUUUUAUUCGAAAUGCUGUUUAUAGGUUUUAAUUAAGUUCAAACUUGUUUCUUUAAAAAAUCUGAUGUUGUUUAGAUAUUAUAAACAAGUCUCCAAGUUAAAAGUUGGUAAAAAGUUAUAUUUACUCUUAUUCAAUUUCGAUUUUGGUUUCUUUCAACUAAAAUGUUGAUAAAACCUUUAUGCAGCAUUCUCUUAUAACAAGUGAGUAACUCAAUUAAAAUCUUUAGUUUUGAAUAAUUUUAAAUACAUAAAAAACGAUUUAACAACAUCACUCAAACUAAGAUACUAAUUAGAAUAUUUAAGGAUGGAACAAAAUAUUUAAAUAACAUUGGAAUGGUUCAAGUAGUUGGUAAAAGACAAAUUAAAAUCAUUUUUUGUACCAACAAUACAAUUUUUAAGAAAGCACUAAUUUUUUUAUUUCCCUUUACAAUCUACAUUUUAUUCGAUGUCUUUAUUAAACAAAUAUACUUGAACUUCCUUAUUGAGCGUUAGGGUGGGUCGAUUUAACUUAAGUUUUUUUUUUUUUUUUUUUGACUUCGGGCAUUUAUAAAAAGUUGUCACUGAGUGUAAAAUAUGAAAGAAAAGUUAUAUUUGACUUUUAAUUCUCACUCUAGGAAAAAUCUGAACAAAUGCGUUAUGAAUUAAAAAACAUGAAUUGUUUAGCUCUCCAUUUCCAUGAUUAGUUAAGGUAUUUGUUAACAAAAAAGUAUUUAAAAGUUGAUUGUUUUUUUUUUUUUUUUUUAUUUUUCACUCAGUUAGUCAUACCUUUUUGAUAACAUUCUAUCAAUGGUUUAUAUCAAAAUAUUAAAAACAAAAUCGAUCCACCCUAGUAUACAGGCAUAUCCCUUCUUAAGUGGUGUUUUUGUUUUAUUUUAGUUAUUGUUCCACAGUUUAAUGAAACAAAACAACCAACAUACAACAAAUAAACGGUCAUAGAAUUAAGCACUUAAUCGUUGUUAUAACAUAAUAUGAAGUGUAUACAAUUUCAUGUUUAAAUGUAUUUAUUUUGUUUUUGUUUACCAAUAGUUUGAUUAAACAUAUGCCAAAUCAAGAACUGAUUCAAAUAUAACAUUCAAACAUCAAUGUAACUUAAUAGUAAAUAUGAUUUUGUAUCUUUGUCAUUCAGGGAUGUUUCUGUUUUAUGCUGGUUUUUCAAUAGUUUUGCUUAGCAAAUGUCAAACUAAGAAAAGUUUUCAGAUACAAGAAUCAAACAUCAAUGUAACUCAGUCGAUUCUAUGUUUUGUUGUCUUCUUCUUUACCCAGUGUUUUUUGUUUUAUUCUGGUUUAUUAACAGUUUGGUGAAACCAAACUGUCAAGGAACCAUUUUUUUUCAUCUACAACAUUAAGAUAUACAGUCAGCGUCUAAUGAAAGUUUCACAUUAAUUGGUUUUCAAAGAAAAAAAAACCUUCCUAGCUACUUCAAUUAUUAUUGUUACGUAUAUGAAUUUAUUUUAUCAUAUUUGUUCAAAACAUAAAAAAAAAACAUAUCGCAGAGCAAUUCCUCUCAAAUCUAAGACUAUUAUAAUAAUAAUUAUUAUCAUGCGAAAUCAUUUAGCACGUUUUCAUACAAAUAUUUAACCGGUUUAAUGUUAAAAAAAUCAUUAAGUAGCAACACAUGAAUAAAACUUAGACAAAAAAGAAUUUUAAAUGUAAACUGUUAACUUUUUACUGACACUGACUGUAGCUCAACUGUUUUGUUUUUCGUUCUAGAGUUUUUAUUACACUUAAGUUUUUGAAAGUUUGGUUUAACAAAUAUAGAACUAGAAUUACAACAUUUUUUUAUGUAUUGAAGUUGAAACAACAACGAGUUCCAAAUGAUAUUAUAGUUAUGUUUCUGGUGCUCCGAAUUAUAGUUUUUGUUAAUUCCAUUUUGACAGAUGAUGCUAGUUGUAGUACUUAGUUGUAAAUCCAUGGAAGCAAAACGAAAUGUUAUUAUAUGCCAGAGUUGCCUAAGACAAUAAAACAAAUUUACAGGCCAGAAAACAAAAAUUGUAGAUUUCUGGAUGGAAAAACAAAAAUAUUUUAAUAUUAUUACAAAUACCAACAUAAUAAAAAAUUAAAUUUUCACAUAUAAAAGUCAUUUCUAAUUUUGAUAUUUUUUUAACAAUUCGUUCCAUAUUUCAAUAGAUGCCUAGAAAGUCAGACGUUUUUUUAAUCGAAAGUGAUUGCAGCCAUUUUGUUUUUUAUUAAUUUCAUAUUUAUUGUGUUUUUAAAAAAGAUGGCAAUCAAAAUUUGAAGGUUUAAUGUGACUUAAAAUAAAAACACACUUAAAGUGGAAAAUAGGAAAAAUGUAAACAAAAAAUACCCAUGGCAAGCCUGACAAAGUAUAAACUAUAAACUAGCAUAUUUCUCUGUUGCACCAAAAUUGUUAAAUGGUUGAAAGGGAUUGUUUAACAACAUUAAGUUUCUAUUUUGUUCAAGUUAUAUGUUUAAUAACAUGAAAGUUUUAAUUUGAAAUUCUCUUGUUUUAGUUUGGUUUCUUGCAACAAGCGCCAUUUUGACUUCCAUCAAAAUUCGAAAUGAUUUAACGUGAUGAAUUUUAAAAUGAUUUUUCAUAUUCUUGUUGCUGUUUCAUAUUAAAUUUCAGUGGAAAGGGAUGUUUAUUCCAUUUUCUAACAUUACCCAGUGUUUUUCCAACUUUUAUACCUAAAUACAAAAAAUUAUUAUUCGUUAAUUUUCAAUUUAUUUCUCUAAUUUCAAUAAUUUAUGUGGCGCGUGAUUUUUAUAGAGGCAAAACAUUAAUCUUUAUGAUAAAAAUAGUAAUCGCAUUACAAUUUCCGUUCAUAAACGACUAAAACUUUCAUUUUCAAUCAUAAUUAUUAUACGUAUUAUAUUGAUUUAGUACUUUAGACUUGUAUCUUUUUUAUAACAUCAUAAGACAUAAACAUUUUAUGAGAAUUAGAAUAAUAACUUUUGGGAAACUUUUUAGAUGUUUUCGAAAACAAAAUUUUCAUUUAAUUAUAACAAAUCCUAUCCAAAAUAAUAAAAGUCACUACUUUCUUUAACAUUUCUACAACAUAAGUAAAGCUGAUGUUUGACUUCAUUCAUAGUUGCACACUUAUUAGGUUCACUUUCAUGAAACAUGUUUUUAGUUCAGAAAACACAAAUAAGACCAAGAAAUAACAAAAUUUAACCUUUAUAAAACACAAUUGAAACAAAUUUGUUGCAAAUCAAGAGGGGAAAUGCGGCUGUUUGGGUUACAAUAUUGUAUAAGAAUAUGUUUCUGAAAUUAAUGGAAAACAAUUUGAUUGUUUUCCUGGAGUUACAUCUGCCAAAUUAAAACCCAUCUGUGCUAUUCGGGUAAUAGAAACAGAUCUGAAGGUUUAAUCAAAAUGCAAGUCUUUUGUUGAUUUUCCCGUUGGCCGAAUUUACCCCAAAAAGAGUUCAAAAUUAGUUUGGCUAGUGAUCUUUUUCCCGGAUUGUUUUCAAUUUCAGUAAAUUCUAAGUCUAUAUUUUCCUUAUCUAGGAAAUCAGCAACAUAUUUGUUUUUAUCUUCUUCAGACAUGCAUGUACUCGGCCAUCCUGAUGCUUGUUGUUUUAUUUUUAGAUAAGUAUUCAUCAUACGUGUAAAAAGACCAUCAGAACCUGUAUUUGGAUUAUAUUGAGUCACAUCAUAUUCCCAAAUUUCUAAAACAGCAAGUAACUUAUAUCCCAUUUCAACAGCUUUUACAACUUCUUCGAUCACCCAAGUUCCAAGUAAUGCUCUUUCAUCAUCAGAAUGAGUGCAGAUUUGUUCUUGAUUUUUUUCACUACUGCAAGCUCUACACAAGGAAAACAUCAGCUUAUUAUUUUGUUUCAUGGGUAAAACCGGAUGGAAUAAAUUUUCUGGGGGGAGUAUUUUGCAUUUAACAAGGCCAUUUACACCUUCGAGUUUCAUAGUAGAGCAAAUUUCAUCGCUGGCUGUGUGAAUUUUUGGGUGACCAAUAGGAAAUUUACCAUUUUUACAAACCCAUGGGUAAAGAGAACAUACGUCUAUGUAUUUUAUUUUUUCUCCUUCCUUACAUUUGUAGUAAUUAAAUGUGUUUCCUGUCCGACCACCGUAGAAAGCAUCGCGAGGAUUCAAAGGUGUGUUGUAUUAACGGGUGAUUAUUUAAGAAAUCUAGUUCUUCAUCAUUUAAAUAUUUUUGUAGAGUCUGAAAUUCACAGUGCCACAUUUCAAUUACUUCGUAAUUAAAUGAUCUUAAUCGUUUUGUUUUGGCUAAAGUUCUCUCAUAUCUGUGGUUCAGGGUGUCGUAUUUGUCUUCUGAAAGAGGUUCGUCACGUGUAUGUUUUAAACAAGCAGGAUGACCGUGAUAAAAACAACCAUGAAAUUCGAAAAUCUGUUUGGUUUCUUCACAAAAACCAUCAACUUUAACUCCAUUUAUAACUGCUUCUCUUCCUUUAGCGGCAUGCUUGAUAUCAAUUUUUCGCUUUUUUUGCUCCCAAAUCAACCAUUUGAUUGCAGGUGUGGAUUGAUUAUCUACACACCUAUAUCCGUUUUUGGGUAUAACUCCAAUAGUAUUUGGUUGAAGAAAGUUACGCCUGUACACAAGGUUACAAGCUGAUGCUAUUGUUGUUGCUUCCAAAAAUGGUUCAACAUUGCUUUGGUUUAGGAACAGUUGUCUAAACUUUAGGCAAGUCUCAGUCAAAAUUUUAACAUCGCUAAUACAAUAUUCCACAAGAUCACGCUCCAUAUCAAAAUUAUCGUAUUGAUGCUCUGCAUACCAUUUUAAAAAUUCAUCUCGAUCUUCAGUUUUCAUUGAAUCGGGGCUGUAAUAUUCCAUUGCAGGGAGUUUUCCAAUAUAUUUAGCAUUUUCUUUUGUAUUGAAGAAAUGAGGAAAAUAUCCUUUUUUAAAAACGGGUGAAAGUUGAAACGCUUUUGGUAGUUUUGACAGAGCCAUCGGAAAGUAAUUUAGCGAAUCUAGGAAUUUGACAUUUGCAAUUUCCAUUAAUAUAAUUUUACUGCCUCGCAUUAUUAAUUGUGGGGUUAUUCCAAUAUGUAAUUUAACAGAAAUUGAUGAUCGUAUGAUUGCCCAUUAUGUGCUAUUACAAUUACUUUUUUAAACUUUUGCCGAACAUUAAGUAUGUGUUUCAAGAAUUUAGCCACAACAUUUCCUUCUAUAUCUUCUUCUUCCUUAAUGAUGUUAAGCGAUAAAUUACACUUUUGACAAAAGUGCAAAUUUGGAACAUCAAAACAUUGAUCACACUUUUGUUGAAAAACGCACAAAUUCGGUACAUGCAUUUUUACUGGAGUUACUGAUGUUUCGCUUCCAAUGGUUAACAUUUUUUCUCCUAUUACUUUUUCCUGUCGACUCUCAAAAUCAUAAAAGAUGUACAGGAUUCCUUUAUAUGCGGGUAUCCUGUUAUCAGGGAGAAUAUAGCACAUAUGUUCUUUUUCUACAUGCUUACUGCACAUUUUGCAGAAGUAUUCACCACAGAUAUGUUGACGAGUUGCUCCGUAUGUUUUAAGGCAUAAAAUACAUUUUUUCAUUUGCUCGCAAAUUGAAUUUUUACCUGUUGAGUUACUCGCCUUGUGAGUGUCGAAACAGCUUUUUCCUCUAAAGUUUGGAUUACAGUCUUUACAUAAAACUUCUUUUUCAUUUCUGGAACAACUUGGUGUGUUUUGGCAUUGCGGGCAAGAUCUUUGGCAUUUAUGUUGAUUUUUUGAAUUAUAUGGAAUAUGACACUCUUCGCAAUAAUAGCCACAACAAAAUGCUGCAGUUAACGACGUUAUUACAUUAAAAUGAUUGUCAUUAUAUAGUAAAUUAAUACUUUUUUUUUCUUUGCCAUUUUGAGUGGGAAAUCCUUCAAAUAUCACCUUCUGCCCCUUUGAUCCAUACUCGUACACAGUCACCUUAUAUUCCUUCAAAUGAUUUUGGAAUAUUUUUAACUCCGGAAUUCCACAACCUUCAGCCGGUACUGUUAUGUGUGCAUCAUCUACAAGUUUAAGGGCUUUUUGGGUUUGAAUUUUCCCGAUGUCUCGUCUGACUUUCACCUUAAGGUAGUUUUCGUUGUCUGCAUAUACUUUGCCGACAACUAAGGCUCGAGGCAAACACAAAUUGUCAUUAUUUUUUAUGUUUAUUAUUCCUCGGCGUUUAAUACAUUCCUCAGUGAAUGUAUUGUAUUUUCCACUUUGUGUUUUUCCUUGUCCUGAAGGGAGUUUAACCGACGUUAUGGUGAGAGAAAAAUCAUCGGUGCUUAUUCCUUCCGAAUUGCUCUGAAAGAUCUUCGAAAUCAUCUCCCAUACAUCGCUGAAUUUCAAAUUUGAGCAAUCCUUAAAAUUGAUCCACCCGUUCCCUCGUUCAGCUGCGAAACUCUUACCGCUAAAAGUGAUUCCCACUUUAUCUUCAGGGCUAAGACCUGUUAGCGCAUGUUUAAACAUGUCGUUCACUGCUUCUCUAAUCCAUGACGUUGGUUCCUCUUUUUCUGGAAUGGGUCUGAUUUUGAACUGGAUUUUUCGACUCUUUAAAUCAAACCGCUUCACUCGCGACUCCAAGUCACUGAUUAUUUGGAUUCGCUAGAAAAAUUAACAAACAGAAAAAACAAAAUGUUGUUGAAAAAAACUAAAACCGAAAAACAAUCAGAAAGCAAAAGAAUUUUAGUGAAAAUCUGAGCAACGACAACAGAAAAAACCAAAACAACCAAAUAAAUAAUACAAAACAGAAUUCAUUUUAAAAUAAGAUCAAUUUUUUUUUUUUUUUAUUUAUAUAAAGAUUUAUAAAAUAUAUGUUUUUGUGUGUUGGUAAUUUCGAUGGGUGGCUGGUUUACCUCUACUUUUUCUUUCGCCAGCUUUUCUUGCAACUCUUUCUGCAACUCCUCACGAAUUCUACGUCGCUCCUGUUCUUGAUGUUGUUCUUGUUGUAAUUCUUCUUCUUCGUCUUCUUCUUCUAUGUUGUUGUCUCGAUUUUUAUCGUGAAAAUCGAUUUUGAAUGUGGAGCCGUAGGGUUCUACCACUUCUAAUACCAGUUUUGGCAAAUCUGCAAUGUCUUCGUCGUUGAAUUGCAGGUUACACCUUUUCGGGAGGAAUACUUUUAUAUCCUCCAGCUCGAGAAGGAUUUGCGGCCCAUAGGGAGUUGGUUCACGUAUAGCUUUCACUAUAUUGUAUUUCUGUUUUAACGUCAAUCUGCUCAUUGACAGUCGAGGCUUCUUAAUAUCUUGGAAGACAUUGGCGUUUCGUCGAAUUCUGUUGAGGAUUGAUGACAUCUCGAGUUUUUUAAAAAAUUUAAAAUUUUAAUACCGAACUUUUGGGUGUUGAAAGACAACUGAAUUUGAAAUUUUCGAAUGACCAGGUUUUAUACUCUUCAAAGAGAUGGUGUUCAUCGUGGGAAUGGCAUUUUUAUUCUUUUUUAUGGUAAACUCGGUUAAUGAUUUAAAAAACUGGAGUAGAGUUCUUAAGUAUCAUUUUUCAAGUAUGGAAUUCUCCAACUAAUUUCUUCGAUUUUUAUUCUCGUCACGGUAAUCAGUUCUAAGUUUUAUUAUAAUUUUUAAAAUGCUAAGAAUCAGUUUGCUUGCUUUUUCCUUCAUGGUGAUAUAUUUUAUGACUUGGAGUUCGUCUUAUAUGUUCAUUUUAAGACUUCAAAAUCAAAUUACUUUGUAAUUUAUUAUGUAAUUUCAAAUCUUUUCUACUUUAAUAGGUUAAGUUAAUAAGUGUAGUCGUAUUUUGAACACUGGAAAAAUAUACUCUCUGCAUUUAAUUGCUCUUUUUAUGACUUACAUUCUUUUAAAUAGUUCCAAAAAUUUUUCGAUGAAUGACAUUUUAAAGUGUUCGGAACACUUGCUACUUAUUUUAUUUGAAAUAUUCUUAUUCAUCCUUAAGACUUGAGAAAUCCAAUUACAUUUGUAAUUUAUUAGACGAUUUGGAUUUCAAGUAAAUUCCAUCAUUCCAUGUUCUCUUCUACGGAGUCAAUAUAUCCGUUGACACACAAAUACAGGGUGGCUGAUGAAAGCCGCUACCAAAAAAAACUUUAAUAACUUUUUUUCUACUUAGUGAAUCUGCUUAAUUUUUUUUUUAUUUUACAGAUUGGUUUUUAGAUUUAACAAAAAUGCAUAAUAGAAAAUGGAUAAUGUUUUCGCAGAAUUCCUACGAAAAUUUUCCGAUAAGCUCAUAUGCAUGAUUUUACCAUUCCCUUGAAACCCCAAAUCGCUUGCACUAACUGCAUCCGACUUUUUCUUUUGAGUUUAUUGAAAACAGGAAGGCCGCAAAGCAAAACCAACAAAUUUGAAUGAAAGAAAACAAUCCAUUCGAGAAAUAUUUGUGUUUAUUCCUGUCUCAAAUCUUCAAAAAACAACUUUUUUUUAAGGCACCUCACAUGCAUUAACGACCAGAGAAGGCAUUUAAAAUUAAUUAUUUUUAAAACUUAUUAAGCUAUAUUUAAUAAAAUUGAAUGCGCUUUAACAUGAAUAAAAGAAAAAUAAAUUCCAUACACUGAAAAAAAAGUUAUUUGAAUUUUUUAAUGUAGCGAUAUUCAUCAGCCACCCUGUAUAAAAGGUAUACCUAUCUAGCUAUAGCGAUAAUUUAAACAUAUCUCUCCAUAAAAAAAAAUUACUUAAACCACUAACGACUUUCGACGACUUCAUAUUUCCAUUGAUUUGUAUGCCACUGAAUUAAGGCACAUUUUAGUGCCACUAAAACUACGAGAACGUACAUGGAACACUUUUCUCAUGUCCAUAAGUUAUCCACAACAAAAUUUCUUUUACAUUCAUGACCAUCCUACUCCAUCUCAAAUAACAACACAAUCAACGCUAACGUGUUAAUAUAUCCUAUGACACACAGCUAUAAAAUACCUACAUCUAGCUAUGGCCACCCUUCAAACACAGCAACGACCUAUAUUCUAUUUUUUUUUACAAGUAAUGCUCUUGUGUCAUAUUUUCUAAUAGCGAUCCUCAGUGACAUUGCAUAAUAAACACACACAGCAGCUCCUCAAAAGAUCCCUUUUCACAUUCAUGACCAGCACCCAAUGAUGCCGUCUCAAAUCACACCAAACAGACCAACCCUAGAAAACACUCCCUUCUUCAGUGAACAAGGUCGUAAGGAAAAAUGCUUGUGCGCUACAGAGAGAGAAACAAUCUUAAUUGUUUUUUUUUUUGCUUCUAAAAAUAGAUAUUAUACAUUAGGGUGGGUCAAAAAAAUCGAAAAUUUUUUUUUUGAUUUGGUACUCCGAAAAAUCGAUUGCUAGACCCCUCUAGAAUAUACACACCAAAUAUGAGCUCCUUAUAUUAAUGGGAAGGUCCUCCGCUUUGCAAUUUUCCAUUUUUACAUCAAGCUUCUACUAAAAAUAAAUAAUUUUUUUAUUAAUUGACUUUUUAGCAAAUUUCUUUUCAUAUUCUUGUAGGAAAUUGAACGCUCUACAAAAAAGGCCUUAUACACUUUUUUCGUUUAUCUAACCGUUGAAUAGAUAUUUGAGGUCCAAAAAUCGAGAAAAUCUUUAAAAAUUCGUUUUUGGUUCUUAAUUUUGUAGCAAUUGAAAAAUUAUAAUGAUUAAACGCGCAAGACAUAUUCUUGUUGGAAAUUGAUUGCUCCACAAAAAAGGUCUUGUUAACUUUUUUCAUUAAUCUAACCAUUCUAAAGAUAUUCGAGGUCAAAGUAAAAAAAAAAUAUAAAAACAUUUUAUAUUUUUAAAAAAUUUCUAAUUCAUUGAAACUUCAUUAUUUUCAAAUUAGCAAGAUAUAUUCUUGUAGGGGCUUAAACGUUCUACAAGAAAUUCCUUGGAAUGGAAUUGAUUGCUUUAACCGUUUAGAAGAUAUUCGUAUCCAAAUCGCAAUGCAUACGGGUCAUAAGAAAACUAUUGAAAUCAGUGAGCAUUGGUUUGGAUACGAAUAUCUUCUAAACGGUUAAAGCAAUCAAUUUCAUUCUAAGGAAUUUUUUGUAGAACGUUUAAGCCCCUACAAGAAUAUAUCUUGCUAAUUUGAAAAUAAUGAAGUUUCAGUGAAUUAGAAAUUUUUUAAAAAUAUAAAAUGUUUUUAUAUUUUUUUUUAACUUUGACCUCGAAUAUCUUUAGAAUGGUUAGAUUAAUGAAAAAAGUUAACAAGACCUUUUUUGUGGAGCAAUCAAUUUCCAACAAGAAUAUGUCUUGCGCGUUUAAUCAUUAUAAUUUUUCAAUUUGUUACAAAAUUAAGAACAAAAAACGAAUUUUUAAAGAUUUUCUCGAUUUUUGGACCUCAAAUAUCUAUUCAACGGUUAGAUAAACGAAAAAAGUGUAUAAGGCCUUUUUUGUAGAGCGUUCAAUUUCCUACAAGAAUAUGAAAAGAAAUUUGCUAAAAAGUCAAUUAAUAAAAAAAUUAUUUUUUUUUAGUAAAAGCUUGAUGUAAAAAUGGAAAAUUGCAAAGCGGAGGACCUUCCCAUUAAUAUAAAGAGCUCAUAUUUGGUGUGUAUAUUCUAGAGGGGUCUAGCAAUCGAUUUUUUGGAGUACCAAUUAAAAAAAAAGAAUAUCAAUUUUUUUGACCCACCCUAUUAUACAUACAUGUUAAGAAUAUAUUGGAUCUCAAAAUAACGUAAUUUUUUCGAAAAAACGCUUCCUUCAAAAGAUAUAGCCUUUCAAAGUUUUUGACCGACAUCUCAUAAUGUCUUCUCAUACCACCACCAAACAGACCAACAUCAAAACAUUCUUUUUGAAUGAAAAAAUAUCCUUAAGAAAAAUCUCAAUCUACUUGUGCGCACCUCGUACCCGACAUAAAAAAGAUCCCUUGCACAUUUAUGACCUACAUCUUAUAAUGUCAUCUAAAACCACCACCAAACAGACCAACAUCUAAACAUUCUUUUUUGAAUGAAAAAGAUCCUAAAAAAAUCUCAAUCUACUUGUGCGCGCCUCACGCCCGACGUAAAAAAAAAAAAACAAUUAAAAAGUCGUUAAAAGAUAAAACUGAAGCGACUUGGGCGCCACUCGGCCCGACAAAGAAAAACAAACCAAUUAAUAAACAAUUAAAAACCGAUUAAAUAAAAAAAGUUCCCAGUCUCAAGUGUCCUAGUACCUACUAGGGUGUCAAAUUUAAGUGAUUCUUAAUACAUAACACUGUGCAAGUCGAAAUUCUUGACAGGCGCGCGAAUAACUGUUUCGCCCUAUUUCGGACCCGAUAAAUCGAUUGACGUCAUUAGUUUUUCGAUUUAUCGGUACGACUUCGAACAAAAUUUUUUUUGAAAGAUUUUCAAUUAUUUUGAGAAUUUUCCACUUUUUUUAGUAAUUUUUCAACCAAAAACAAUAUUUAUAUUGCUAAAAAUUCUGCUCAAACGUUAUUUCCUACCAGUAGGAAGACAUUAUAAACUAUUUUGAACAAUUUAUUUGAAAAUUUAGUGAUUUUUUUGAAAAAAUUAAAAAAAAUCGAAAUUUUUUACAUUGUUUAUCGUUUUUUUCGCUGUUUUUGUUCUCUUUUGCACAAAUACAUUGCAUGUUUUCCAUUAAAAAUUAAUUUAACUGUUAAUUUAGUGUUGGUUAAACUUCGACAGUCUAUCGAUAGCAUCGAUAACAAAAAAAUAUCGAGUAUAUCGAUACUUCACAAAACUAUCGAUAGUUUCAAUACUUCCAAAUUAUUGUACCACAAGGCUACCAACCGCACCAAAUAAAAAACUGAAACAUCCUGUGAAAUAAAAACUUAUUUACUUUCUUGAACCUUGAUAUUUAAAUAAUAUAAAAUAAAAGUUUUAUUCAAACGCACGAAAAAGUACUAAGAGCUUUUUUUUGACACCAUUUUAAAUGUGAAAUAAAAAUAUUUUCGCAGCUCUUCUGCAGCACUUUAGAGCUUUGAAUGAUAGAUAGAGAAUUUACUAAAAAAUACCCACAGCACCCCACAAAAACAUGCAAAGCGCUCACAAGAAAAAAAUACAAAAAUUACUUUCACAAGCCAAUUAAUACUGAAAAUAUCACCAACUGCAACUUCAAGACUAAUUAGCCCUGUUCCAUUGGAAGUGGUAGUCUACUAAUAGUAGAUGUUUUCGUUAAUCUAGUACUAUCAUCUACUCAUGCUCUUCUUCCCGAGUAGAUACAAUUUGUAUUGAAUUCGUUUAAAGUGCGUUCCAUUGAAAAUCGCUAGUGAACUACUAGUAGUACUUUGCCACCUCCCAAAGGAACAGGGCUUAUAUUUAUUUUACAUGCUUCCCAUAUAAAGGUUUCUUCUUAUUCGCUUACAUUGGUCAACAAGGUUUUUGUUACAGACACUAAGAUAUACUUUUCUAUAGGUUUUUUGGGUGCUGAGCUCGAAGUAAAAAUAAUUCUAUCACAUCACGUUGUUAAGAUAAUAGUCCGGUCAAAUUAGACUAAAAUAAGGGGGUCAGGUUACAUUAAUUCCCAGCAAGCUGAAAAUUGGUAGGAUUGUUGUAAACACCAUCAUAAAUUAAAUCUAAAAAGUCCUCAUCGAUCCGAGGUCUGGAAAAAAAUUUACGGGGGGUCAAAGGUCACAAAAACUGGUUUUUCACGAUUUUCAGCAAAAAGUCUUAUCAAAAAAUUUUUAACGCAAGAAUUGUAGACCAGAUUAUUAUAUAUAAAAAGUGUCAUGACACUUUUUUUCCUAAGACUCACCGUUUCUUAGGUAUAACUAUUCAAAAAGUUGAAGUUGAUUUGUAAUCGUCAUAAUCUGGCCUAUUCUGAAAAAAACUCCUAACUGAAAAGUUCCUGAAAUUUUAUUAUUUUUUGAGCUUGAUUUUUUUUCUUCAAUGGUUAAGAAUACGGGGAAAGCAAAAAAAAAUGGAAAUUUUCGCCAUUUUUUCCGAUUGGGGCCCUUCUCCCGAAACCACUUCCCUAGGAAUUUUUGUUUAGAUUAUAUCUGAAUAUAUACAGGGUGUGCAAUAGAAAAUGGACAACCCUAAAACGGCUGAUAGCUACACUUAUGACUGUUCUAAAAAGAGAUAGAAAAAAGUUCUAUCGCAACCAGUUCAUAAAAUAUUGGCUUUUUUUCGUUCAGUGUAUUUUAAAUUUUAUCAUCUUAUGUUUUCGUUCACUACAACCACGAAUGUAUGAAUUUUAGUUAUUUCUUUUUUUUAUCAUUUUCUACAAUAAUUGUAUGAGUACAUAAAAGCUUUAAAAACAUAAGAUUACAUUACAUUACAUAUUAAUCUAAUCUGAAGAUAAAUCUACGUAGUCUAUUUAAUAGACCCGAGCUCCAGAGCAAAAAUAGAACAAAUUCGUUCAAGAGUUUUUAUUGGCGAUUAUGAUUCCUUGGCAUACAAGAAUACUCCAGCCAAAAGUGCUACUAAAUCCGUUGGUGCAUUUCUGAGAAAACGGCAACACUGGUCGGUUUUCAGUUUUUUUGAUUUAACUCGAAAACCAAGCCUGACUUUGAAAUGGUUCAAAGACACUUUUCAUAGCAAAUUAAAUUUUCUGUCAAGUUAAGAUGGUUAAAAAAUUUUAAAAAUUAUUUUUGACUAAAAUUCUAACCUAAAAUCAAAGAAAAAAAAGCUAAAAAAUUGACGAUUUUAUUUUUUUUACUAAUUCAAGGGGCAUUUUGUAUAUUUCAUUUGUACAAAGUUUGGACGUACCAAACUUUGUACAAAUGAAAUAAAGUAGAGGUAAAAUCCUUUCAUAAUAUGCAAUUUUUAAUUUCUUUUGUCAAGAAACAACUUAAAUGUACCUAUUCAAAAAUUAGCACUUUUUCAAAAUUUUUGACUUUUUUAGUUAAAAGCAAGUUUUUUUAAAACUCGAUAAAAUCGUAUUAAUUGGUAACUUUUAGACUUUAAAAGUAAACAUACUUCAAGGGAUUGAUUUAAUAUAAACUAAAUAUGACAGACAAAAAAUUUAUUUGCAUCCUUAUGGCCUUUUGUGCAAUUUUGUGUAUGUGCAUUUUUAUAAAUACGGGUUGAAUGGAUGGACGGAGAGCCAUUAGCUUUGGUCUAUUGCAUAGAAGAACAUUUAAUACCAACUCUUUUACUGUUUUCAAUGGCCUGAAAAACAAUUCUUGAAAAAUCUGCGACCAACGAAAAGUUUCUCUUGAAAAACGAAAACAAUACUCUAAUGAGUUUGAAACAAAAUAGCUCAGGCAAAUUAGUAAAUCCAAUUGCACUUUUCGCGGGAUAAAUUUUUUUCAUGGAACGUGUUUAGGUGAAUGUCCUUAUAGUAAAAGUGAAUUUUUUGGGAUGAUAAGAUAUCGGGAACAGCCGCCAUCUUGGAAAAGAGGUCGGUGCCGUUUUUAUUUUAUAACUCCAUUUUUACUCAUUUAAACCAAAAAUGUCCAAGGAUAGACUUAUUAUAAAUUAAAUUAUCUAACAAAAUGAUAUACAAAUGAAUUCCGUGAACUGGUUAAAUUCAAUUUUAUAGUCGGUCAAAGUCCAGGUUCUUCUCGCAAGGUUAAGACAAUAUGACAUUUUUCCAAAUAUCUGAAGAACUUUUUAUUUGUUUGGGAUUUUCUUAAAGAAUGAAUUAUAGCACUUUUAAUUAUCGAUGAAAUGAACCCUUUAUUGUUUUUGUAACCAUCACAUUGCAGAAGCAACCAAACGUCGAAGUCAUGAUAUACGAUUUUUUAACUGAACAUUUCAAUAGUUCAAAUAAACAAUCAAAAAUUAAACACAAUAGUCUCGAAAACAUAACGGCUUACACGCCUCAUAUCUUGAGUUAUACUUAUCGUAAUGCUGAGAUUGAGGUGUUCAUGUUUAGGAAAAAUGACAGGGCAUCAGUUCUUAUAUUUAGAAUUAUAAAUAAUGUCACUUUAGCUUAUUCACAUUAAUUGGAAAAUUCACUUCAUUUAAAACCUCGAAAACCAUAUAAAGGUUAACAUUAAAGAUUUCAAACUUUGAAUUCAAUAUUUAGACGAAUAUAGUUAAAAAACUGUUUACUUAUAUUUUGGUUAUGCCUCCAUUUAAAAAAUUUGCUCGAUCUAAUAGAAGAAAACUUGUUAUUUUCUCACUUUUGACUAGUAGAAUGUGAACUUCGACGUUAGGUGGCUCAUACAUUAUGUUGGUUACAGGAACGAUAAAGGGCUCAUUUCAUAGAUAAUUAAAAGUGCUAUAAUUCAUUCUUUAAGAAAAUCCCAAACAAAUCAAAAGUUCUUCAGAUAUUUGAAAAAACGUCAUAUUGUCUUAACCUUGCGAGAAGAACCCGGACUUUGACCGACUAUAAAAUUGAAUUUAACUAACUCACGGAAUUCAUUUGUAUAUCAUUUUUUAGAUAAUUUAAUUGAUAAUAAGUCUAUCCUGGGACAUUUUUGGUUUAAAUGAGUAAAAAUGGAGUUAUAAAAUAAAAACGGCACCGACCUCUUUUCCAAGAUGGCGGCUGUUCCCGAUAUCUUAUCAUCCCAAAAAAUUCACUUUUACGAUAAGGACAUUCACCUAAACACGUUCCAUGAAAAAAAUUUGUCCCGCGAAAAGUGCAAUUUGAUUUACUAAUUUGCCUGAUCUAUUUUGUUUCAAACUCAUUAGAGUAUUUUGUUCGUUUUUCAAGAGAAACUUUUCGUUAGUCGCGGAUUUUACAAGAAUUGUUCUUCAGGCCAUUGAAAACAGUAAAAGAGUUGGUAUUAAAUGUUCUUCUAUACAAUAGACCAAAGCUAAUGGCUCUCCGUCCAUCCAUUCGACCCGAAUUUAUAAAAAUGCACAUACACAAAAUUGCACAAAAGGCCAUAAGGAUGCAAAUAAAUUUGUUUGUUUGUCAUAUUUAAUUUAUAUUAAAUCAAUCCCUCGAAGUAUGUUUACUUUAAAAGUCUAAAAGUUACCAAUUAAUACGAUUUUAUCGAGUUUUAAAAACUUGCUUUUAACUAAAAAAGUCAAAAAUUUAGAAAAAGUGCUAAUUUUUGAAUAGGUACAUUUAAGUUGUUUCUUGACAAAAAAAAAUAAAAAUUGCAUAUUAUCAAAGGAUUUUACCUCUACUUUAUUUCAUUAGUACAAAGUUUGGACGUCCCGGCUACAUACACUAAAUGGCCCUUGAUUUAGUAAAAAAAAAUAAAAUUGUCAAUUUUUUAACUUUUUUUUCUUUGAUUUUAGGUUAGAAUUUUAGUCAAAAAUAAUUUUUAAAAUUUUUUAACCAUCUUAACUUGACAGAAAAUUUAAUUUGCUAUGAAAAGUGUCUUUGAACCAUUUCAAAGUCAGGCUUGGUUUUCGAGUUAAAUCAAAAAAACUGAAAACCGACCAGUGUUGCCGUUUUCUCAGAAAUGCACCAACGGAUUUAGUAGCACUUUUGGCUGGAGUAUUCUUGUAUGCCAAGGAAUCAUAAUCGCCAAUAAAAACUCUUGAACGAAUUUGUUCCAUCCAAAAGGGUCUAUUCAAUAGACUAUACGGACUAGACACACACUACAGCUUCGGAAACUUAGUCCAUUUUGCUGAUACAGCACAAGACAUUAAUACAACAGAGAGAAAGACAAAGAAAGAAAGAACAACAGAAACACAUAUGUAUAACACAUAACUACGUGGCACAGAGGGGGAGACAUCGUUGACAAUUGUCUCAUGUUAUCGCACAGGUGGCUUCAGUUAAGCUGGCGAUUUAGAAAAAACUUCUGAGCCGACCGUUGGGUUCGAACCCACGAUGUCUGGCUCUGAAGUCAUCUACUCAUUCCUCUGUGCCAUGGCCACCUGCAAAAAAAACAUAAGAUGAUAAAAUUUAAAAUACACUGAACGAAAAAAAGCCAAUAUUUUAUGAACUGGUUGCGAUAGAACUUUUUUCUAUCUCUUUUUAGAACAGUCAUAAGUGUAGCUAUCAGCCGUGUUAGGGUUGUCCAUUUUCUAUUGCACACCCUGUAUAUAUUCAGACAUAAUCUAAACAAAAAUUCCUAGGGAAAUGGUUUCGGGAGAAGGGCCCCAAUCGGAAAAAAUGGCGAAAAUUUCCAUUUUUUUUUGCUUUCCCCGUAUUCUUAACCAUUGAAGAAAAAAAAUCAAGCUCAAAAAAUAAUAAAAUUUCAGGAACUUUUCAGUUAGGAGUUUUUUUUCAGAAUAGGCCAGAUUAUGACGAUUACAAAUCAACUUCAACUUUUUGAAUAGUUAUACCUAAGAAACGGUGGGUCUUAGGAAAAAAAGUUUCAUGACACUUUUUAUAUAUAAUAAUCUGGUCUACAAUUCUUGCGUUGAAAAUUUUUUGAUAAGACUUACCGUUUUGCUGAAAAUCGUGAAAAACCAGUUUUUGUGACCUUUGACCCCCCGUAAAUUUUUUUCCAGACCUCGGAUCGAUGAGGACUUUUUAGAUUUAAUUUAUGGUGUUAACAACAAUCCUACCAAUUUUCAGCUUGCUGGGAAUUAAUGUAACCUCGAAUGUCUAAAUUGACCGGACUAUAAUCCCGUUAGAAAAUUGAAAAUGCCGCUUUUUACCAGUUUUCGAGAUUAUUUCUUAGCGUUUGGUUAUUUAUAUCAAAUAAAUUUCUAACGGUUUCUAAAAUAAUUUUCUUUCUAAAUCCGUUUAAAUCCCUUAAAUAUCUCUUUUCUUCUUCGAGAAAUCUUAAGUUGAAAUGAACGUUUUUGGUAUAUCGUCGCCCUAGUAUUGGAGUGCCGUAUACGCCAAAUUGCAUUUUUUGAACUAGGUAUGCAGUCGUAUGUUUUCGAAGUUGCUAUUUUCAAAUCUGCUAUCCGUUUUUUUCUAUCUUUUUUCGUUGCCGAGAUAUUCACUAUUGUUUUGACAAAAACAAGAAAUUUUGGCAUUUACGUCAAAUUUUUCAUGCAAUGCAAGAAAAUUUUGAGAAUUGUUUUGACGUACGUUAUGUUUUUUUUGACGUACGUGUAUAUGAAUAAAAGAAACUUCUGAUUUUCAUGGCGUAUACGGCAAACUCAUUUUGGACAAAAAUUUAAAUAUUUUGAAAACUAAACGAAUUGCAGAUGUCCAAUAACAUGUAUAUAAAACACAUUUUAAUUAUAUAUCAUACUAAAAUAUCAAAAAAUACCAGCGGUUAGUUCUUUCGCAAUUAUCUUCCGAACAUUUAAAUGCGAUUUCCCAAAAAUGUAAAAAUGGCGUAUACGGCACUUCAAUACUAGGGCGACGAUAUCUCAUGUUUAUUUGCUUUUCAUAGCAAAUCUCGAAAAGUUCUUUGCCAAUCGCUUUCAAAUUUUGACAUAACGUUCCAUUUAGAAUCUCGGAUGUUUUUUUUAAUUACUAGUGAGAAAAAUAUAACAAUAUAAGAACUUACAGGAAUGUAAAUAAUGUCAAAAUGUCAACAUUUGAAAGCGAUUGGCAAAAACUUUUCGAGAUUUGCUAUUAAAAGCAAAUAAAUAAACAUGAGAUAUACCAAACACGUUCAUAUCAACUUGAGAUUUCUCGAAGAAGAAAAAAAAAUAUUUACAGGGUGUCCCAAAAGUUAACGACGAAACGAAAACGGUAGAUAGGGUAGGUGGUGACAGCUAUCAGAAAAAUAAUUAAAAAAAUCGCAGCCAUAUAUUUUGUGAGUUAUGGGCAUUUGAAAAAAGAGUCGAAAAAAUGGUCACCCGGUGACGGUUUUCAUGUGCCGUGACUACAAAUCUUAAUUUUUCUCAGUUUUUCUUUUGUUACGGAACCUUGAAUAGCCCUGUUACCAAAUGCAUUCAAAAAAUUUUACUCAGCUGCAUCAGUUUCAAAGCAAAUAUUACUUUUUUACCCAACUAAGUACCAAAAAUUUUACAAGACUUUAAUUCAAUGAACCGUAGUGUAAAAAAAAAAUGCACUACGAAGUUUCGGCAAGUUACCUUAAAAGUUGGUGUGUUCAAUUCUCUUUUCAAAAUGGUAUAACAUUGUUGAGGAUAUUCCAUAAAUAACCGAGAUAAAUUUUUUUUCAAGGAAUCCGACUUUUUUAUUAGGUAAUUUUUCCAUAUUAUUUAAGUUUUGUACCCUUUCAGAAUGGCCCCUAGUAACAAUUGAGUUUGACAUGCCUGCCUUAAGCUAUUUUAGAAACCGUUACAAAUUUAUUUAAAACAAAUAACCAAACGCUAAGAAAUAAUCUCGAAAACUGGUUAAAAGUAGCAUGUUCGAUUUUCUAACGGGAUUAUCUCAAAAACGUUAUGUGAUAGAAUUAUUUUUCUGACUUCGGAUUUGAGCCCAGCGCACCAAAAACCUUAAGAAAAGUAUACCUUGGUUUCUGUAACAAAAAAAAAUGUUCAAUUUUGUUGACCAGUGUUAUAAGAAGGUUUAGGCUGCAAGUAAAACCUGUUUUCGCAUACAUUUGUGCUACUCAGCACAGUUUCAUGAGAAACGUCAAAACAAGUUAGACCAGUCAUUUAAACGUCACACAUAGGAAUAUUUGCAGUAAAAAAACUUAUGUCGAAUUCCUUUCAAUUUUUUGAAUCGCCUCAAAAUAAUCGAAUUUUAGAUGUUAAAAAGGAACAUGAAAGCAGACCGAAUUCUUUUUGCGAUUGUAUGUGUCUCAUUUGACAACAAUUUUUACACGACCGUCAAGCUGAAACCAAAACAAUUUCUUCAAAAUAAAACCAGAAAUUUCUUUGAUCAAUAAUUUUGUUUAUUUUCUUCGGUAAUAUAAAUUUAUUUUAAUCAGAAUCAAACGGAAAUUGCAGUUAUUAUUAAGAUCUGAGUGAAGAUGAAGUAAAAGGUUAAUUAUUUUGGCCGUAUGCUGUGGUUUUAUAGAGAAAAAAUUUCUUGAAGACAAUCACGGGAAGAAAAGUCACAGUAAUUUGACUUUUCCACAAGAAGUAUGCCAGGAAAAAAUAUAUUUUGAUCGCACAUUGUUUUUUUUUUUUAUUUAUUUCAUAUUUUUCCGCAAUAAAAAUACAAUAUACGAUUAUAAUUCACUCUUUAUUUGAAGUUGGUGUUCUCAAAUAAACAAACAUCACGAAGAAAACUUUCAGCUUGACGUUUGAGAAAUGUCAAAUGUUCCAAGUAUUUGUGCAAAUCCGUGUAAAUCUUUCAAAAAAGAGAGAUUAAAAAAAAUUCGAAUUCUGGUUCGUUUGAGGCGAAUUUUUUUUCUAUGGAACAUGAUUUUCAGAAAAAAUUCGCUUCAAGAUCGCCGAAAAUUCGAUUUUUCCAGUGAAAGGAAUUCGACAUUAAUCAAAAGUCAAUUUUCUGAAAAUCAAAAUUGACACCAAAAAAGUUGUCAAAGUGAGUGCAAUGUUUAUUUUUGAGUCAAUGUUUUUUUUGUUUUUUCGACCGUGUCUUGUUAAAAAAUGAGUAAACUGUUACAUCUACCUCAUUUUUAUUUCAAUGCGAAGUACUUUCGUAAGUGUUAUUCAAUAUACGAUAUCGAAGUGUUGUGAUAGAAAUCUAUAAAAAAAAAAUUAAAUGGAGAAUUCUUCUUCAGUUAUUUAUUAACAAUAUUAAUACAGUUUUGGAAAUAUUAGAUGGUGUUUUCUAUUUCAAUUCGGGAUUAGAACAAGUAUAUAAAAACUUGUUACUUUUGUUAAGUUAUUAUUUUAACUUUUGAUUUUGUUUUAGUAUGCCCCGUUAUUCUGCGAUGAAUUGAAAUGAGUUAGUUUAUAUACUCCUUAAACCAAUGCAACAAAAAUUGGGUGUUGUUUUUCAAUUUCUGAUAGAAAAUACUUCUUACUUUAUGCAAUGUUUUUUAUUUUUAUAUUAAGUUUACUGAUGUUAUUAGUGUAUUUUAUUUUGGGUGUUCUUAAUUUAGGUUGUAAUCCAGUCAAAUAAGGGUUUAACCUCGGAAUGAAUGUUAUUAGAAAUUUUUUUUGCUCAAUAUCUUCCUUUUGCCAUUCUAUAACAUAUCUCAAAAGUCUAGAAAAAUCUCAUGUCCGCUUGUCGCGAUUUCAAGGUCAAAUCGCGAAAUGGAGAUUUUCAAAACUAGCAAAAAUAGGCUAUGGUAUUAUAUACACAUAUGAUACAUAAUUUCAAGGUAUUUUUUAAUGCUGAUUCCAAAAAAUCUAAAAUCAAGACAAUCUGACGUCUCUACAAAAAGUUAUACCUGUUUUUCAUCUGUCAACUCAUAUUAUUAUAACAGUUGCAAACUUACUGCCGAAAAACCCUUAAAAGUUAUGGUAGAUGAACCAAAUUUUGCAUGAAGAUUUAAAGAAUCCAUCAUAAUUAAAAAUCAAAACAAUCCAUUACAAAAAAUAUAUAUACCUAUGUAAUAAUGGUAUUUUUUGAUGGAGGGGCAAAUUUUAGGAUAUGCACUAAAGAAGAUUCUUGUUCAUCUUAGGAAUAAGUGCUAAUAGGCUAAUUUUUUCAUUUUAAUCUUUGUUUGGAUAUUCUUUAACUACCUUCAAAAAUCUAAAAAAAUCUCAUGUCCACAAGUCCUAAUUUUCUUGGUUUGAAAAUAAGGUGCAGAUUUUAAAAAAUUAAUAAGAAAAGUUUAAAUUUUUAUAUGUAUACCAACAUAAGCGACAUGAUUUAAAGGUAUUUUUUAACACUUAUUCCAACAAACAAGUCAACCUGACCAUCCCUGAAAAGUAAUGCACCUCAUUCAUGUUGAUCUGACACAAAUAUCUGAAGUGUAGUUUUUCAAUUUUUUAAAAUCUGCGCCUUAUCUUCAAACCAAGAUAAUUAGGACUUGCGGACAUGAGAUUUUUUUAGAUUUUUUGGAAUCAGCAUUAAAAAAUACCUUGAAAUCAUGUAUCAUAUGUGUAUAUAAUACCAUAGCCUAGUUUUGCUAAUUUUGAAAGUCUCCAUUUCGCGAUUUGACCUUGAAAUCGCGACAAGCGGACAUGAGAUUUUUCUAGACUUUUGAGAUAUGUUAUAGAAUGGCAAAAGGAAGAUAUUGAGCAAAAAAAAUGUCUACUAACAUUCAUGCCGAGAUUUACCCCUUUUUUCUCCUUAGUUGACUAUAUUAUUGGGGAAGAGAGAAAAGUAACAGAAUUACGUAUUAGGGUUGAGGAAAACAAUGUGAGAAAAAUAAUGUCGACAGGCGGAGUAUAGGCCAUUAAUCAAAUUUAUGAGUUUUUGAUGAAAAAAUAAUAACAACAAAAAUUUGGUUUAUAUUGUAUUUUCUUGUAGAAAUAUUCAUUUUAAACAGAAAUAAUAACAAAAACCACGAAAAAUAAUUAUGGCCGGGUUUUUGAUGAAAAUACUCCUAUGUGCGUCAGUUGUCAAAACAAAACAAA